AUGAAGCUGUCCUCUGAUAUGGACGAGGAGGUGGGGGGCAACGGCACAGCGGACCACCUCAACCACAACUCCAGAAGUAAACCAAAGCCCUACAGUCCGAGGAACGGCAACUCGCCCAGAAACCUCUGCUUCAUGCUGGCUGCUCCUCUCCUCAUCUUUAUCAUUGGUUAUCUGAUUGGCUUCUUGGUUCAUCGGAAGAAGGACAUGGCCCCUGCCUGCGUGGGCCCUGUGAUCUCGAUAGAAGAGCCUGUUGUUAUGGAGCGAGGAGCGCCUCCUGUCAUGAACUGGGACAGUGUCAAAAAACUGUACGCUGAAAAGCUCCUGAAAGGCAAUUUUGAUGCUACCUUUAACUCCUUUGCCAGUCCCAGCCAUCAGGCUGGCUCUCCAGGGGAUGAAAAUCUUGGAAAUAGAAUAAUUAGAAAAUUCAAGGAAUACGGCCUGAGUACCUGGACCGAUGAGCACUUUGUAAAAGUCCAGGAGCUGCCAAAAACUAAUAAAGUCACUUUCAAUGGUGAAAGUGUGAAUUUGGAAGGAUUCCUCUCAUACAGUGCUCCUGGCACAGCCAUAGGUGCUGUCUUGUAUGCUCACUAUGGAAGAGAAAGUGACUUCAGCCUCCUCCGUGACAAAAACAUCAACAUGAAUGGUCGGGUCAUGCUGGUCAGAGCUGGUUUGAUUAAUUUUGCUGAGAAGGUUGCAAACGCUGCCAAAGUGAAUGCAACAGCCGUUCUGAUUUAUGCUGACCUGUCUGAUUAUUCCUCACUGGGUUCUUCCACAGAAGUUUUUGGCCACGUCCACUUGGGCUCUGGUGACCCCUACACCCCAGGCUUCCCCUCCUUCAAUCACACUCAGUUCCCUCCCAUCGAAUCGUCCGGACUGCCCAGAAUCCUGGCACAGACCAUUCCUUCUAAACUGGCUACAAAAAUUUUAAGGCAACUGGGGGGUCCGGAAAUGCCAAGACUAUGGGGAAGCUUUACCAAACUGGGAGGAGAGACCGAUAUGAUCACCGUGGAAGUCAAUAAUGUGUUAACAGAGAAAAAGAUCACUAAUGUGUUUGGAGUGAUCAAAGGCUAUGUUGAUGCAGAUCGCUAUGUUGUGAUUGGUGCUCAGCGAGAUGCGUGGGGUCCAGGUUUUGCCAAAGCAACUGUUGGAACCAGUAUUCUUCUGGAAAUGGCUCGCUCGAUCUCUGAGAUGAAAUACGGUGGAUUUAUGCCCAGAAGAAGUAUUGUGUUUGCCAGCUGGAGUGCUGGGGAAUACGGCAGCGUCGGUGCAAUGGAGUGGCUCGAGGGCUAUCUGUCUUCUCUCAGCAUGAAAGCCUUUUCUUAUUUGGACCUAAAUGGAGUUGUAACAGGUCAACAUGGAUUCAAGCUGUCUGCUAGUCCCUUGCUGUACACUUUGGCUCAGAGCACUCUGAAAGAGGUGAAAGCCCCAUCUAAAGACUCAUCAUCCCUUUUAGCACAAUAUGGAAGAAACGACUUUGAAUCUUUGUUGGAACCAAUGAAUAUGGACAGUGCGGCAUAUCCUUUCCUUGCCUUUUCGGGGAUCCCAUCGUUAACAUUUAGGUUCACCUCUGAACAUUUGAGCUAUCCAUAUUUUGGCACAAAGCUGGACACACAGGAAAAACUCAAGGUGGCAACUUCCAACCAGGUGGUCCAGUUUGCCCAAGUCGCCGCUCGCUUCGCCGGUCACAUCACGUUGAGGCUGGUUCACGAUCACCUCCUUCAGCUCGACAUCCAGAGAUACACAAAGAGUAUACGCGAAAAUGUUUUCAGAAUCAAUGGGAAAGUGUCUGAGAUUAAAAGGCUGCGUCCUCAGGUCCUGCCUAAAGAACUGACCAUGCAGUGGCUCAUGUCUGCGUCAGGCUCCUACAGUCGGGCCUCAGCCAACCUGGCCAACGACAUCAAAAACAGUGACCUGGAGGAUGUGGAAAUAUGCCGCAUGAUAAACGACCGCACCAUGGCGGUGGAGAGAAACUUGUUAUCCCCGUAUGUGUCUCCCAGAGAGAACCCUUUCCGCCACAUUCUCAUGGGCUCCGGUCCUCAGACCCUGGCCGCUCUCAUCGACCAUCUGGAGGCCAUCAAAAGUGACCGUCCUGAGGCUGACGCAGAACUGUUUCGAAACCAGUUUGCCCUGGCCACCUGGACCCUUCAGGGCUGCGCAAACUCUGUGGCUGGAGAUAUUUGGGCUUUGGAUAAUGAAAUUUAG